AGCCCUGUGUCUGUUGCCAGUGGAAGAAAGCUCUUCUCAGUGGCUUUCAACAGACUGCCAGCUGGGGCUCAGAAGACCAGCCUCUCCAGCUGUCUCCUGAGCCCAAUACUUCUUGGCCACCAGCAUCCUCUUGCCCUAUGGCAGCUAUCACGGAUCUCUCCUUUAUGUAUCGAUGGUUCAAGAACUGCAAUCUGGUCCGCAACCUCUCAGACAAGUAUGUCUUCAUCACAGGCUGUGACUCGGGCUUCGGGAACCUGCUGGCCAGGCAGCUGGUUGAUCGGGGCAUGCGGGUGCUGGCUGCUUGCUUCACUGAGGAAGGGGCCCAGAAGCUUCAGCAGGAUACUUCUUACCGGCUGCAGACCACCCUAUUGGAUGUCACCAAGACUGAGAGUAUAAAGGCAGCGGCCCAGUGGGUGAGGGACCAAGUGGGUGAGCAAGGCCUCUGGGCCCUGGUGAACAAUGCAGGUGUAGGCCUGCCCAGUGGGCCCAAUGAAUGGCUGACGAAGGAGGACUUUGUGAAGGUGAUCAAUGUGAACCUGGUGGGACUGAUCGAAGUGACCCUCCACAUGCUGCCCAUGGUCAAAAAAGCCCGGGGCAGGGUCAUCAACAUGUCCAGCUCUGGUGGUCGCGUGGCUAUCAUCGGUGGUGGCUACUGCGUCUCCAAGUUUGGUGUCGAGGCCUUCUCUGACAGCAUCAGGCGUGAGCUCCACUACUUUGGGGUGAAAGUCAGCAUCAUUGAGCCAGGGAACUAUCGAACAUCCAUCCUGGGCAAGGAAGGCAUGGUGUCCCGCAUGCGAAAGCUGUGGGAGCGGUUGCCUCAGGAGACCCGGGACAGCUACGGGGAGGACUACUUCCACAUCUAUACUGAGAAGUUAAAAAACAUGAUGCAGUUGGCAGAGCCAAGGAUCAGAGAAGUCACCGACAGCAUGGAGCACGCCAUUGUUUCCCGGAGUCCCCGUAUCCGCUACAACCCUGGCCUGGAUGCCAAACUCCUCUACGUGCCAUUGGCUAAAUUGCCCACUCCUGUGACAGAUUUCAUCCUGAGCCGGUACCUUCCCAGGCCAGCAGACAGUGUCUGAGCUGGGGAAGUCCAGGUGGUUAGUGGAGUGUGGAGGAGGGAGGGGUAUGGCAGAAGGAACUGCAGGGUCACAAGAGGUGGUGUUAGGCAAUUGGGGUUCACUUUGCUUGGCUGACACCCACUGCCAGGGAAAUAUUGGAUAACUUCUAGCAGAAGACAAGUGCCUCUUCCCACUCACUGGGGCCCCACAGAAAGCUGCAGGUGCAAAGACCUGAAGCAUGGCCCCAAGAACAUCUGUCACCCAUUAAGGAUAUGGCUUUUUCUGGACCUGGAAAUGUCAAGGGGAGGAAAACAAACUCCUGUGGAAUCAUGAGACUCUCUCAGUUACCACCACUGCGAAAUAUUGCAGGAUAAUCAAGCUCAUGGAAGCAUCUCAACCACUUUCCUAUUGAUCUCUCAAUAUGAAUUAGCUACAUUCCCACAACACAUUAUUUGAAGUAUGUACUAGGGCAGACAGGGAGUACCUGAUUAUAUCAGGUAAAAGUUUAUAUUUUCUCUCUAUAUAAAUUUAUCUGUUCAUCGGUGAUUGGGAUUCACAUAAAAUAACAUUCAUUUAUUUAAUCAUCAUUGGUUAAUUUUUCAAAUAUUUAUUGUAUGCCUAUAAGACACCAGGCACUAUGUAGGUGCCGGAAGGAUGGAGAGAUGAUUAAAUCAUGGUCUUGGUUUUUUA